UGCUGCAGCGCUCUAUUUUUCCUUUCCUUGUUCCAAACUUGUAAACCAUGACUGGCCUCCUCCGAGCCUGCUGUUCUACAUGGUCCUCAGGGAGCUGGACCAAGCCAGCGGAGGCGCGCGUUUUGCUAACCAAGACCUUCAAAACAGGACAGCCGGUUCCGUGGAGAUUCAAGCCGGGCACAGUAGCAACGAUUACUUGGAUAGAGGUGGUGUUGCGUGAGGGCAAGAACCGACAGAUCAGACGGUUGUGCCGACGGAGCGAGUUUGAGCUUACCCGACUACACCGGAUAUCCGUGGGCCCGAUUGUGCUCGGCGAUGUUGCGGAGGGUUCCUGCCGCGAGUUGACCAGACGAGAAGUCGAGGCGCUCUACAAGCGCUGCUUACCGGAAGACCCGCUGUGCCCCACCAUCGACGCUGUACAAGAUAUCCUCAAAAGCCGCCUCGCCCAGACGGCACGCCGAAUACGCACCGCGGCUGAGGUUGGGGGGCACCGCUUCGAAGCAAGGGAGCAUUCAAGUGCGAUGGAUGUCCCACAGAAGGACGCGCCUGAGAGACCCACGAGAGAAGAUGCAGAGCAGAGGUGGGCAGCGAAAGUAAGAGACGGGGAAUGUGGCUGCCCAUGCAGAACAAGGCAAGGUCGGGGGAGACGAAGAGCGAAAGCGUUUGCCGGCGAGGAAGACUUGGCGAGCAUCGUGAAACGCUUGAUAGACUUUUCCCGGCGGGACUUGCACGAGACUCCAGCAGGCCCGGACGGGGAAUCGGCAGGGCCAGAUUACUGCCCUGGCGAGAAGGAAUCAUUGGCGCAGGCACGCGCGGUUCCCCCCAACGAGACCCACAUGGUGUGCGGCUAUCGCUCUUCUCAGAUCGAGCGGCUUGGUCUCACGUACGGUACGAUGUAAACGCGCCUCUGCGACAUUUAUAGGAGGACGUUUGCUGUAGAUGCCCUUAAUCGCGCUGUGUUUCAAAUGGUCCGCAAGUUCAUUUGGAACGCGACUCACGAGGUUGUGGGACACAUGCUAUUAGAGUAUCGCACUGCAACUAGCAGGUCGAUCGACGACGUGCCGGAAGCGACGUGUACCGCAGUUUCAUACCCUUCGAGAACGCGCUCUCCCACGGUACACGGUCGGUGUACCCUUUGAACGUGAGUUUGGCCCAGGGUGAUGCGUGCCUGCCAUGUGUACGUUUUCUCCCCCUCUGCCUUCGGGUUCGCCCAAGCGCCGUGCUGGUAUGUAUCGCUCCAUGUUUUUGGGC